AUGAACAUGGAGGAACAUAAUUCAUCUUUGGUGGUAGAAUCAUCUUACCCAGACUUGGUCAUCAAUGUAGGAAAAGUAACUCUUGGUGAAAGAAACAGAAAGAAGCUGCAGAAAAUUCAGAGAGAACAAGAGAAGGCAAAAGUCAUAACAGCUGCAUGUGCUUUAUUAAACUCAGGAGGAGGAGUGAUUCAGCUGGAAAUGACAAACAACGAUGAGCAUCCUGUGGAGAUGGGACAGGAUUUAGAAGAGUCUUUGAGAACACUUAUUCUGUCUUCAAAUUUGCAGGAUUUCUUCAAGACUAAGCAACAAGGGAAGUGUUACUACAUUUUUGUUAAGUCUUGGAGCAGUGACACUUUCCCUGAAGACAGUUCCUUUAAGCCCCGCAUUUGCAGCCUGAAUUCUUCGUUAUACUGUAGAUCCGGCACUUCUGUGCAUCUCAUGGAUUCAAGAGAGGCAUUCAGUUUCCUGAAAACCAAGAAAAUAAAUGCAGAAGUCUUGGGGAAAGAACCUUUUGGUAAAGUUGUCAAGGUUAUAAAUCAAGACCUCCAUAACUCGGAUCCUACUUACCUAGUUUUCCAAAAAGACCAGCUUGAAUAUGGUGAAAUCGUGCCUUUUCCCGAGUCUGAAUUCAUAGAGUUUAAGCAGUUCUCUACAAAACGCAUUCAAGAAUAUGUGAAAAACAUAAUUCCAGUGUACAUCUCUGCAUUUGCAAACACUGAAGGAGGCUAUCUUUGUAUUGGAGUCGAUGAUAGGAGUAAGAAAGUUCUGGGAUGUGCUAAAGAAAAGGUUGACCGUGAUUCUUUGAAAAAUAAAAUAGAAAAGACAAUAUACAAAUUACCUUGUGUCCAUUUUUGCCAGUCUCAACGCCAGAUAGAUUUCACAGUCAAAAUCUUGGAUGUGUUAGCUGGGGGAGAGCUAUAUGGCUAUGCUUGUGUGAUCGGAGUGAAGCCAUUCUGUGGUGCACUUUUCUCAGAAACUCCCUGUUCCUGGAUGGUGAAGGACAAGCAUAUUUGCAAACUGACAACUCAGGAAUGGGUAAGCAUGGUGAUGGACACAGAUCCAGAUUUUACAUGGUUGUGCAAAGACUUUGAAUCUCAGCUGAGUCUGUCUAGCGGGCCUCCUCUUAGCAGACCAGUGUACUCCAAGAAAGGCCUGGAACAUAAGAAGGAUCUCCAGCAACUCUUAUUUCCAGUGCUACCAGGACGUCUGCAAUGUACUCCCAAAUCCCUCUGGAAGGAGCUGUGUUCACAGAAUGAAGGUUUGGAGGAAUUAAUAAAUAUGCAAAUAUAUCCAUUCUCCCAGGGAAUUUUAAUCCUUUCUAGAAGCUGGGCUGUGGACCUGAACUUGAAAGAGAAGCAAGCAGUCAUCUGUGACGCUCUGCUGAUAGCAUGGAACAGUCCCCCCAUUCUCUACACCAUUCUCAGGGAGCAGGAUGCCGAUGAGCAGUCCUAUUGCACCAGCACCGCCUUCACUCUGAAGCAGAAGCUGGUGAACUUGGGGGGCUACUCUGGAAAUGUGUGUGUCAUUACCAAGGUCCUCCACCUGAGUCCUGAGAGCAAUGCGGAGUCCUCAGAGGGUGCAGCAUCCCUGAUUGAUUACCCCAGGUCCUAUUACAUUGCAAACACUCAGCAAAUGGAAGCUUUGUUGCAGUCCCUUGUGAUUGUCUUGCUUGGCUUCAGAUCUUUCUUGAGUGACCAGCUUGGCUGUGAGGUUUUAAAUCUGCUCACAGCCAAGCAGUAUGAGAUCUUCUCAAAAAACCUCCGCAAGAACAAAGAGUUGUUUAUCCAUGGCUUACCUGGCUCAGGGAAGACAAUCAUGGCCAUGAAGAUCAUGGAGAAGAUCAGGAAUAUGUUUCACUGUGAGGCAAAUGAAAUUCUCUACAUUUGUGAGAACGAGCCUCUGAGGAAAUUUAUCAGUGACAAAAAAAUCUGCCAGGCAGUGACCCGGAAAAGCUUCAUGAAAAAUGACUUUAAAAAGAUUCAACACAUCAUCAUCGAUGAAGCUCAGAAUUUCCGCAGUGAAGAUGGGGACUGGUAUGGCAAAGCGAAAACAAUCACUCAGAGAGACAAGGAUUGCCCAGGAAUUCUCUGGAUCUUUCUAGACUACUUUCAGACCAACCACGUGGAGUGCAGCGGCCUCCCUGCUCUCUCAGCCCAGUUUCCAAGGGAAGAGCUCACCAGAGUGGUCCGCAACGCAUAUCAAAUAGCCGAAUACUUACAACGUGUAUUGCAGGAGGUCAGAAAAAAUCCUCCACCUAACAUCCCCCUUGGGUCCCUGCAGAUGCUUCUUGAAGCUGAAUGGGCUCAGGUUGUUGAGGGAACCUUAAAUAUUGAGGAAAACUUGCCUCUGAAUAAAAUAGCGACAUAUGUGGCAGACACUUGCAAGCUUCUCUUUGAAAGGGGCUAUUCUCCCAAGGACAUUGCUGUGCUUGUUAGCACCGCAAGAGAUGUGGAGCGUUACAAGACGGAGCUCUUGAGAGCAAUGAGGAAGAUAAAGGUAGUGCACUUCACCAAUGCGAGUAACAUGUCAGGUGAUUAUAUUGUGUUGGACAGUGUCCGAAGAUUCUCUGGCCUGGAAAGGAACAUCGUGUUUGGGAUCCAUCCAAAGACAGUUGAGCCAGCUAUCUUAUACAACAUUCUUGUCUGUCUGGCAUCCAGAGCAAAUCAACAGCUACAUAUUCUGUGGCACCGUGACGUUUAGGAAGAAUUCCAAACCAAAACAAGUUUAAGCGAUUACUAUGUAAAUGUCCAUAGGUGACAAUCCGCUUGGUAUUGGGAGAAACUUCUCUUUUCUGUUCAUAGG